AUGAAGCUCCCAAUUCUCGUCAUCGCCCUAAUUUCGGAGACUUUGGCUCAACAAUAUGGCGCCCUCAUAGCAGGGUUUCUCUUCAGUGAUUGCCCUGAGCUGGCCGAGUACCUGCCUGAGGGCGUGAAAGGUGCCGAGAUUUUCGGAUUCGAGCACUACGGAAACCCACAUCUCCAAAAUUACACAUUCGACCUUGAAAGAAAACAAUGGAGUGCAUCGCGGUGGGUUUUUUUGGCUUUGAAAUUCAGCUGAUUUCGAAAUUUUAGGGUGAAAAAAAUCAAAUUUUUGAGAUUUCAGCCCUUUUCGUUUGGCUCCCCCAGGCAGUGACACGAAGAGUUACUGGGCAUUCUUCUCCGAGAAUUUCGACCGAAUUGCAGUCACGCACACUGUUGGCAGGUAAGUAUUAACUAAGACACUAUUUUGUGCUCCAAUUGCGCCGCUCUGAUUUUGGUGAAACUUGUCAAAAAUUAAGUUUUUUUUUUCCGAAGCACACGGGAGGCUCCUGACCUACGUUUUGCAGAAACGACCGAGAUUUUUCAUGAUUUUUUCGGUCGAAAGUUGAAAAAACGACAAUUUUUUUGCAAAUUUUGGCAUGAAAUGUUUUAUGCCUAUUUAUCUCGUAGAGAGUAAUGUUUCCAGAAAAAAAUUGAUUUUUUUUCCAUACGAAAUAGCAAAGAUAUAGUCAAACAAUUUUUUUUUUUUUUUUGACUGUCCUCCGCGAGGGUGCAUCAGUUUGAAGUCGUCUUGGCUAGGAAGCUGAUAACUGGGACUGAAGUUGUACUCUAGAUCUUGAAGCUUGACUUUGCGUUAUUGCUUUCCGUGGACGGCCUCUCUUCUUCUUUGGCUGAAGUUGGUUUGCCAUGGCAUCUGGGGGAUAUUGCGCCAAGUUGAGCUUGCAUACGAUGAAGACUGCAUGCUUACAUCGGUUCUUCUUGGUACCUUCGGGGCAUGUGCAUGUAAAGCGCAUACUGGAUUUUGAGACGAUAAAAACCUAAAAUUAUUUCGGAUUAUUCCAAAUCCAACAGACUUACUUUAAAUCUGUUUUCCGCAUAGUCUGCAAAACUUUUGUAGAUAUCUCCAGUGAUCUUCCGGUAAAUUUGCUUCACCGUCCUGGCGUCAAGACCAAGGUGUUCGGAUAAAGGGAUCGCAUAGAUUUCAUUCUUCUGGAUGAUAAAGACUGGCCUAUUAUUGCGCUUUAUCGCAAACGCUGAGGCAUAGAUGUGUGGUGGAGUCUUCUGUUCGAUUUGAGAAGGAUCGGGACAAAGAAAGGCUGUCGAUGUACACUUCAAUGCACUCUUUGACCACACAAAAGUAAAAAUCACAAAAAAUAAGAAUCAUUUUCGAAUCAGCACCGUCGAUUACCCCUAUUUCCAAUAUUUCCUCAGAAACUUACUACAAAUACUAUUUUACACUACUACUUAAUUUAUUUUUCUAGUAAAGUAACUUAUUCAUAAGGUUUACUAAUUCCGUGCUUUAUUUUUACAAAAUUCUCUUUUCUGUGGAAAAAUACUUUCUUUAUGGGAGAAAAUAGCAUUUUUUUCAUAAUUCUCUUUUCUGGGGAAAAAUAUUUUCUUUCUGGGAGAAAAAUAUAGACCCAUGAAAAAAUAGAAAAAAACAAAAAAAAAUAAAAAAUAGAGAAAAACAAAAAAAAUAAAAAAGGUUAAGGAAAAUAAAAAAAUCAAAAAAAGUGGAAAAAGUAAGUUUUUGUUAUUUUCAGCGAAGUUCUUUACCACUGGCGAGGGGCGGGUGGCCCAUGGAUUGAACUUCCUGGAAAUAACCGAUUGAUCCAACAUGUCAUCCAUAUCGGAGACUCGUUGUACUAUUUUAUGGAGGGUAGUGAUUACAAGAAUUUGUUUGUCCGAUUUUGGGGCAAGCCCCGCGAAACCGAAUGGAUUUAUGAACGCCCGACGUAUAUUGAUUACAAUUACUACUUCUACCUGCCCGAUGCGGAUUUUAUGUAUUUUCUGAUGCCCGAGGGAUGUCAGCAGGUUUUUAAGAUCUUUUCAGAAGUAAGGAAAUGUGUAAAAAAAUUUGGUUGUAAGCAAAAGAAACGUCAAAAAUUUUUUUUUUUUUGCAAGAAUACUUUCUUUUUAUUUCAGGAAGAAUACCAACAACCAGUAGAUUGCGACAAAUCAAGUCCGAUUUACGCCAGAGCCAAACCAAAUGUUAUUUAUCCAUUUGUAAGUUGUUUCAGUUACUAUUUUUUUAAAAGUUCCAUGUAGAAGUACUUUUCUUGUGAAAAUUUUAACAAUGCUUUAGUUUAAAUUCACAUGGCUCGGAAGAAACUGCAAAGCAAGGAUAUUUGAAGAAGUCAGAGCACAUGCCUUCGCGCAUAUCCGUUUUCUCACCGAAGCGCCUACGGUAGGUGAAAAUGAUUUUUAUUUUUAUUUUUUAUGCACGGUGCAAAGAAGUAAUCACAAAUUGCCGAAUUUUGAAAAUGUAUUUAAUUUUGCAGGGUGCGAUAAAAAAACGUUUUGAAGAUUGCAAAACCUUAGGUUGCAACCUCACUCGAUUGCGACAAACUUUUUGCACUGCGAAAAUUUUCACGCAACUUUUUGAAAAUUCAUGAAAAUCUUUGAUUGUACAGUGCGAAGAAACGUUUCGAGGUUUUUUAGGACCGCACCGUGCAAAAUUUGGCUUAUUUAGACCGCACCGUGUAAAAUUUGUUUUGAGUGCACUGUGCGAAAGGCAAAGAAAUGAUUUUGAGCCGCACAGUGCAAAAUUUUUUUUUGACUUCAUGGAAAAAACAAAUUACAAUUAAAACGUUUUGCUGGAAUUGUAAGUUUUAUUUUUAGAUUAUCAAUCCAGUAACUAUCCCCACUACCACCACCACCACAACAACAACAACAACAACAACAACAACCACCACUACGACCACAACGUCCACCACAGUACCCACCACCGUAAGUUUAUUGAAAAUGCCCAAAAAAGCCAUAAUAAAUUUUUGAUUUUUAAAAUUUGCAGUGCGAAAUUUUUGGAAAAACUCACUGUGCAUUGGAAAUUCAUUUGCCCUGCGCAAACAUGACAUCAUUAUUUUUAGUCAUCAAAAAGUAUUUUGUUUUCCUUUUGUCACUGCACUGGCGACGGAAAAGCUUUUUCCCGGUGCUCCUCUGGUUGAUAGUAUGCACAGUGCACAAAGUAAUGUACUGCACAGUGCCGAAUUUGUCACAAAAUGUUUUGCGGUUUUUUUGACCGCACAGUGAAAUAAUAAUUUCGUUUUUAGAUUUUGCUAUAAGCUUUAUUUUCAGACUGCUACCACAACAACGACCACGACUACCACGACAACCACUACGAUGUCAACUACUACGGUAAGUUUAUAGCCGGGUUAAAAAUACCGACGAGGAAUUUUUGGUUUUUUUACGAUUUGUUUGUUUUUUCUCCGCACUGUGCGAACUUUUUUUUUAGCUAUGGAAUUUUUUCUGUUUCCGACGCACAAAAAAAUAAAAGAUGCAAUUCAAAGUUUUGCUGUAAUUGAAAGUUUUAUUUAGACCACAACGACCACCACCACGACUACCACUACAACGUCUCCUACAACACAAUCUACUGUAAGUUUAAAGGUUAAAAAAAGGGAGGAAUUUUUGGAUUUUUGAACAGCAUUUUUUUUGACUGCACAGUGCAGUAACACAUAAAAAAAAUUUCUAUUUUUGCUGUAAGCUUUAUUUACAGACUACCACAACAAUGACGACAACCACGACCAUGACUACCACUCCAACAACUACUACAGUACCCUCAACUGAAUUGCCCACAACAAUUUUUCCCAAUGAUACGUCAAGCACAAAUACUAUGCCUUAUAAACCCUCCACAAAGCUGGCUAAAUCGUAGGUUCAGUGAUGUUUUAUUUUUACUUGGCAAUUUUUUUGAUUUUUUUAUUGUCAUCAUGCCAUUUUCUUCAUGAUUUUUCAUUUUUUGCCAACAAUGAUUUGGAAGGUUCAAGUGUCAUAAACACCUAAAUAAUUGCAAUUUUUAUAGCCGUAGACCUUCUCUAAAUUAAUAUCUAACCAAAUUCCUCCGUUUUAGCUAUGAUACAUUGGUUCUGAUUCCCACCAACACAACUGUCUACAUCUCUGUUGGCUCGAUUCUUGGCUUGCUAGCCCUCUGUCUUAGUUCCGUUGUAAUUGCGCUGGUCUACAGAAGAAGGAGAAAUAAGGUAAAGAAAAUAAUUUUUGGUCCUAGAAUGGCAUCGAGUUUUUUUAGAAAGCGAAGCCGAUUAAGAAAGGCGUCAAAGCCUCCAAAAAGCACCAUUCUACGUCGAGGAAAAACACGAAGAAGGCGAGUGGUACUGAUGUGAAGAAAAAGACGGAUACUCGCACCUCGGCCCGGCUUCACAAGUCGUCCAAGGUAAGGGAGGAAGUUGAAAAAAUUAUAUUUGUGUUUUUCAGAAAGGCAAGAAAGGAAAAAAGAGAACCAAGUCUCUUGAUCGCUCCAUUCUGACUCAUAAAACCUCAUCUGUUAGAUUCAAGAAAACGGAAAGUCGAGAUUUUCACUAG